AUGUCGUGUUUUGCUUCAAAAUCAAAUAUAUUAUAUAAAAAGGCAAUUGAAGGUAUAGAGGAGAUUUUUGCUCGAAUCAUUGAUGAUCACAAUAAGGUGGCUGAAACUGAAAAAACCACUCAAGUUUUGAACUCUGAAAUUCCAGAUGGUGUUGCACCUGAAAAAUCUUGCCCACCGUUCAUCGGGAAGCCCCAUGUAUCUCAGGUGAAAGGUAGGCCUAGUGAUAAAGAAAAAGAGAAAAGAAAGACUAGUAGCACUGGUAGAAUGCUAAGUUUUGUUGAGUGUACUGGUGUCAAGAAAAGGAAGUGUUCAAAUUGUAAGAAUAAAGGCCAUGACAAAAGAAAUUGUCCAAAACCACCGGAUUCCGAGCAGCUAAAUAUUGUUGAACCUGGUUUAAGCAGCGAAGACGCCAGUGUGAUGAUGCGUAUAUAG